AUGAGUGAGCCGGGGAAGAACUACGAGGUGGAAGGGGAUAUGGUCGUUUUCCGGUGCCCUAUUGUCCGCUCAGGCACCGCGGCUCUCAAUCGCGCCCUCUUUAACAAACCCAUCGCCAUCGCCGCCGCCGCUCUGAAGGACAACAAACUCAUCUCAAAAUACCGGAAGCCGUUUGAGACCGGCAAGGAAAUCCUAUAUGCCGACAGGAUAUCUCCCAUCUGUUCCCAUCCGGACAAGGAACUGGCCAAGCAGGGGCGGAAGUGUCUGCUUCUGAAUCCCAGUGUCAGGGCAGAAGCCCCCGAAACUUGGGGUCCGGUACUCAAAGAUGGCGUCGAGAAACAGGACCUGACUGUUCUCCCCUAUGAGCUUCAGCUCGACUACAAUUACUGGACUUAUCGAGAUGUAAUGACUUCGAUCUUGCCGGAAGAACUCCACGACGAGGUUCCUUCAGGCUUUAAUAUCGCUGGUCAUGUUGCUCAUCUCAACCUGCGAGAUAACUACAUCCCAUACAAGCACAUAGUAGCCGAGAUUAUUCUCGACAAGAACCCGCAAAUCAAGACCGUCAUCAACAAGGUCGACAAUGUUGGGUCCGAGUCCGAGUUCAGGACGUUCCAGUACGAAGUCCUAGCCGGCCCUGACGACUUGAACGUGCAGGUUAGCGAGAGCGACUGUAUCUUUGAGUUCGAUUACUCCAAGGUCUACUGGAACAGCAAGCUCGAGUCGGAGCAUCGCCGGCUCAUCAACAUGUUCCGACCGGGCGAGGUUGUUUGCGACGUGAUGGCCGGCAUCGGGCCCUUUGCCGUACCCGCUGGCAAGAAGCGCGUCUUUGUCUGGGCCAACGACAAGAACCCCGAGAGCGUCAAGUGUCUCGAGGCCGCCAUUAAGAAAAACAAGGUAUCACCCUUCGUGCGCCCCUUCUGCGAAGACGGCCGGGCCUUCAUCCACCAAGCCGCGGACUCCGUCCUCGAGGCGCACCAAAAAGGCGAAUGCGCCGUGCUCACCGUCAAGGCAAAACCACAACCAUCCUCAACAGCACCAACAACAACAACGCCUAAAAGCGCCACCCCAACCCCCUCUGACCCGUCAACCCCGUCCGACCCUUCAACCCCCUCCCAACCCCGCCCCCGCACCCGCCCAGCCACGCAAGAAGAACGCGUCCCCAUCCCGCCCACCAUCUCCCACUUCGUCAUGAACCUGCCCGCGACCGCCAUCGAGUUCCUGUCGAGCUACCGCGGCGUGUACGCGGGGCGCGAGGCCCUCUUCGCCGCGCCCUCUUCUUCCACCACCACCACCACCACCACCACCACCACCACCACCACCACCGACUCCGCCCCCUCAUCCACAUCCACCGCGCAGCUCCCGCCCCUCCCCAUGAUCCACGUCCACGGCUUCUCCGUCAAGGCCACAGACGAGACGCCCGCGCUGGACAUCUGCGCGCGCAUCUCGCGCGAGCUGGGCUUCGCCGUCCGGCCAGCUGCUGUACGACGGGCGCGGCAGCGGCGGCGGUGGCGGCGGUGGCGGCGGAGGGGGGUCGCGAGGGCGGGCGAGGAGGAAGGGCUGGUCUACGUGCACCGCGUGCGGGACGUGGCGCCCGCGAAGAGCAUGUACUGUGCCAGUUUCCGGCUGCCGAGGGAGGUUGCGUUUGCCGCGAGGGGUUAG